UCAUUUCAACAAUCACAAUUUGCUUACUGAAUCCUUUUAGGCAAGUAAAGAGAAGAGGUGUUCAUUAUAAUGGAGAAGGCAGGGUUAGCAGAGUUUAAUGUGAAGAUUGUGGAGAGUUGUCUGGUGCCACCAUGCCUGCCUUCACCCAGAGCCACUCUAUAUCUCUCCAACCUUGAUAACCAGCCAUUAGUGAGAACAGACUCUAAUGUGUUGCUUGUUUAUGAGGUUUGUGAGAAUGUUUUGCCAGAUCCUGCCAAAACAAUCCGAGAAGCUCUGUCAAAGGUGUUGGUGUAUUAUUAUCCCGUGGCUGGGAGAUUGAGAAAGAAAGAAGAUGGGAAGCUUCAAGUGGAGUGCACAGGAGAAGGUGUUCUCUUUGUUGAAGCCAUGGUAGACAAGAGCCUGUCAGUCCUUGGAGAUUUGGAUCAGCUCAAGCCAUCAUUUAAGCAGCUGCUUUUUAGGUUUCCUUCCAAUACAGCUAUUGAGGACGUUCAUCCCAUGGUUAUUCAGGUAAACCAUUUUGCAUGUGGAGGCUUUGUUGUAGCAGUGAGUUUUCAACAUAUGGUAUGUGAUGGACGAGGGGUAGGGCAAUUUCUCAAAGGUCUUGGAGAGAUGGCUAGAGGACAUGUUAAGCCAUCUAUUGAACCUGUAUGGUAUAGAGAGCUUCUUAAACCAAAGAAUAUACCAGUUCAUGACUUAGAAUUGACUAAAGAAAAAAUAGAGAGCACGUCCGACUCAUGGAUACCUCUAAUAUAUAAAGAAUCAACUCAAAUGUCUCUUACCUUAGACUUUGAGACAGUAAAAUAUGUGAAAGAUGGAAUUAUGCUAGAAUGUUUGGAUAAUUGUACUACAUUUGAAAUUGUUGCGGCUCUUGUUUGGCAAGCAAGGACCAGGGUACUUGAAAUUCCACAUACUCAGAAUGUUAGUAUUUUCUUUGCAGUAGAUGUGAGGAGAUCAUUUAAUCCCCCACUACCAAAUGGAUACUAUGGAAAUGGUGUUGUUGCUAUAGGUGCACAAGCUAUUGCUCAUGAUGUCAUAAACCAACCGCUUUCAUAUCUAGUGAAUAUGAUAAAGAAAACAAAGAUGUCACUUACUAACGAGUAUCUUAUAUCAAUAAUAGAUACAGAUCAAUUUCUUUUAGAUAUUUAUAGCAACCAAGCUAAUAUAAUUUUAAGUGACUGGAGGUGGUUGGGAUUUAAUGAAGUUGACUUUGGAUCAGGAAGCCCAGUGAAUAUAUGUCCCAUUUAUUGGAAUGAGAAUGGACCCAACAUAUCAAAUGGUUUUGUUUUCGUCCAUUCUCCUAAGAGAAAGUGUGAUGCAUUUAAGGUGAUAGUGUGGAUGCCUCCACAAGAAUUCAAUUUACUUGAAAUAGAAAUAGAAGCCAUAACCAACAAAUAUGUUGUCAAUGGCUCUAACUAUUGAUGUAAUGGUUAAUUAUUUUUGCUUUUAAAUAAAAGUUUAGAUGAGCUCAUGGCCAAAA